AUGGAAUUUAGGAAUUCAUCCUAUGGGAAUGAGAGUUAUUUCUCCUCACCUCAGCAACAUGGGAAUAUGGAAUUCAAGGAUGCCACUGCUGCUGCUCACGCAGCUGCGGAAUCUGCAGAGCGAGCGAGUAUGGCUGCCCAAGCUGCUGCUGAACAUCUUGAAAAUAUCUCCCAGCAGUAUUCAAUGGACUCAAACAUGUCAGCUCGUGGCAUGAAAGAUGAGGAACUGAGAAAAAAAUUUGUCUCGACCUCCCAAUAUGAACAUCUUUCCAGACGGACAGUUAAUAAUUCCAUCCAUGGAACGAAUUCUACGAAUUAUGAACAGACUGACAGCAAUGAACCAGCCAAUCAAACAGGAGAGAUUGAAAAUGGUCUUAGUAACAUGGUGUGGAAUGAUGAUAAAUUCACUCGUGGUGCCUCUAAGUCGACAGCAGCUACCUUCAAUGAAAAAUCAUUAGUUACUAAUCAAAUUCCAGAUACAUAUUCUCAAAGAAAUUCAUCUGUUGGCAGGCAGACGGAGCAUUUUGGUGAAGUGAUCAUGAAGAGAGACUCAGGCAAUGAGAUGCAUUUUGUGAACGAAUUGCACAGUAAGAAUGCUCAGAAUGUUGAUCAUCAUGAAGUCAAAGACAGGGAACAAACAAGAUAUUCUUCUUCUCAUUCUCAAUCAAACACUUUCAGAGAUGAUUGUGAUGGUGCUUCUAACUUAAGUUGGCAGAAGACUGAAAAUGAUAAGAGAAACUCAGAUGAAAGGAAACAGUUUGUGAAUGAAUUACAUGAUAGAAGGACUUCUGAUUUUGCUGAUUAUCAGGAAGGAAGGACCGGCAAGCAGUCAAGCUCUUCAUCUUCCAGUUCAGACAAAUUUGAUUUGGAGGAAGAGCAUAAGGAACAUGAAUAUGGUAUGAACUUUUUGUCUCCAUUUCAAAGACCACCUACUCAUCCAUGUCCAUGUACACAUUCUUGGAGCACUGAGAAGAAGGUUGAGUCGCCUAAAGAGUCCACUUCGCAAUCGCAUAUCCUCUUGGAGAAGCAGUUUACUCCUAUCGUCUUCGAAAGUUCAACAAACUCAGCAGGCCCUUCACAUGUAGAUGACUUGCCUCCGACUUUCGAUAAUUACGGCCCUAGUUCAGAAAGUGAAGGGGAGCUAGACAAGUUUGAUAGGAACAACAAUUAUAUUAUAGGUAGUCAGAAAAAGAAUUUGGAAUCCCACGAAGCCGAAAACAUUAUUUUCAAUCAACCGUUGUCUGGGGACAUGGAAGAUGGCAUUCGAAACAAGGACUAUAGGUAUCCACCAUAUGCUUUAUCCUCUUCAGAGGCAGAGAAUGAUACACCUGCUGGAUUUAAGCAAUCACCCCCUCCCCUAGAGGAGGAUUCAGUUAGUUCCCGAUCUUACAAUCGAGAACCGAAAGGGAGUGAUGAAUCGAGUAUAAAACUCAGCAAGAGAGCAUCAGUCACUCGUGCUGAUUCCAGUGAUGACUUCGAGAAGGAAAGACCAAAACAUAGUUUUAGUAGCACUCGAGACCAAUACAACAGAAUGCCAAGCUUUGAAGAAGAUAGAAGAUCAACCUUAACUGUCCCCGCCGUGCCAUAUUUCGAUUUGGAAAAUAGUGAUUCCAAUGAAAAUCUUCCUAAAACAAGUCCAAAUGCUCGUUCGAGAACGCAAUUUCCUCAUCAGAAAAACGUUUCUCCUUCGAAUUCACCGGGAAAUUCCACCCUUGAAACAACAUUGUCCUCGGAGCCGACGGAAAAGGAACAUCCAUGUACAUCAGUCCCGGAGAUUGUAUCACCGGGUAGUUACAAGAGUUCAGAGGCUCAAACUUCAAUUGGGGAGAAGUCAACUCAUGUUCACCCAAAGCUUCCUGAUUAUGAUACCCUAACCGCAUUCUUAAAUCUCUCAAACAGAAUCGCCAAUGAAUACGUUUGUUCGUUUUGCUUUCUGAUACAGUGUUCUAAUAUUCAUUAUUAA